AUGGCAGCUCCUACCGAUGAUCUGGAAAAUCUACACCUUCAGGAAAGCUCGGAGGAGGACUUCUGGCACCCGAGCUCGAGACAACGACCAAAGCACACCGUUGGGAAGUCUUCAGAAAAUCCCUCUGGACAGUCUGUCCCAUUGCCUGAGGAGAGAGAAAUUGCCCUGCAAGCGGAAUUACAUGUACUACGUGAUAUCAAUAAAGUAAUCGAGGGUACUAUCGAGAGCUUAGACCGCGCCAAAGACAACAUGGGAAAUGUUUCUCGGACUGUUGGCUCGGCCUCCACCCUUCUCGACACGUGGACACGGAUUCUCUCCCAGACAGAACACAACCAAAGACUCAUUCUGAACCCUUCUUGGCAGGGAGCGACGCAGGAUAUCGCCGACAUGGAAAACGAGGCUGUCUUAAAGCAGCAAGAGGCAGAACGACGGGAAUCGGAACAACAGCAACGAAAAGAAGCGCUAGCUCGAAAAGCAGCAGAGGAGGAGCGCAAGAGUGCGCAAGCCGCAGCUGCAACAUCUCGUGGAUUACGAGGAACAUCAUCGAGAGGAAGAGCCCGGGUGGUUGGACGUAAUCCCUCCAUUUCAAGUACAACGCAGAAUUCACAGACGGCCUUACGAGGUACAACUAGAGCUACUACGGCUAGAGGGACGACUGGCUUAAGAAGACCAUUGUCUUCUACAACUCGAGGGUCGAGCGUCACAAGUAGCCGGGGACGACUUCGCAGGACUUGA